AUGAGUGGAAAUCGCGGCGAGCACUCGCUCGUUGUCACUGUCGCAGAGGUGUUGGGAACUGAGCACGAGUCGCGGCAUCGCGCGCUGGUGAGCGCUGGAGUGCUGUGUUAUGGAACACAGUCGUCCGGCGGCAAAUGCAUGGGUUUCAAUUUUCAAGCACACGCGCAGGCGGUGAACAAACUCGCUCCGACGUUUCGCGACGCGCAGUACUCGUUGAACGGACUGAAUACGUACGACGCCGGUCGCGCCAAGCUCCGUGAUGGGGAAAGUGUAUGCCAGGCGUGCAGCCAACGUUUGAAUGGUUUCACCUGUUUCGGAACAACGCUAUUUGAGUGCCCAAUCUUUACCUUGGAGAAAGAACGAAAAAAGUACAAAAAAUAUGGACAGCACGGAAUAUGCUCCGCGUGCAAUACCGCUUGGACCGCCCUCUCUCAAGCGCGUAAAGCAGCUGGUCGGCACAACAACGACGACACGCGACCCGACGAGAACGUAGAGCUUCCCGUGUGGGGUGGAACGCACGGUUUGUCUCAGUCGAGAAUGAAGCUUCGUGACGAUUGCACACCCGCGAAGCGCACGUCGGCUAGACCAGUGGCGUUCGCGUGCGAUGUGGUACAGAAAAUGAUCAUUCAUGAGUUUUACUCGUCUCGCGCGCGCGCGUGCGAGGCGUGCGGAGACGUGGAUUCGCAAACCCUCGUUGAGGUGCCUCUGUGCCAAGGCGUCCCACAGAGGCACGACUUGUGCACUUCGUGUCUUGACCGGCUGCGCGAGAUCGUGCAAGAUGGAGCCAAUUUCACACCGACUCGGGUCGCGGAGUUGGUGACCGCGCUUCGAAAAAAAAGUCACGACGCACACCGGACACGCGACGACGUCCGUCGAACGUUUUUCAGCGUUUUCGAUCUUCCGAAUGACGGCGAACCCGCGAGGGUGGUUUUCACGUUUGCGAGGACGUCGCAGCGCGGAGGCAGCGUCUCGACGGAGGUGUUCGACGUGAAUAACGUGCUUCGUCUCGUCGGCCGAACGUACGCGGCGAGCUGCACACCAGUCUUUCCGGGGGCUGGUCCCAUCUUCAUUUCACUGGAGCGGUAUACAAAGUCUGGGAGCGCCACACUCAGUUUGAUUUCAUCCCACUCCGCCAGGCUCGCUCGUGAUGCCGUCGUUCGCGACGCGACGUACGCUGAUCUCGUCGACGACGUGAACGAAGUGACGCGCGAGCGCACGCAAUGCGUCGCGCACAUAUUCGUUGGUAGUACCAUCGAUUUUUGCGCGUACGCUUCGGAUCUCUGGCUCGCACUCAUUCCGUUCCAGUUUCCCAAACGCGUGUUCAUCGUUUCGCAGUGCGUCGCGAGUGACGUCAGCGCCUGUACCGUUUCAGUCGACGCGCUCUUACAGAGACUGUCGCAUCCGUGCGAUUUGAAGGGCGACGACGUCGCCUCAAUCGUACUCGCACAGGCUCACAUCAAAGCGACCGAACCUCUUCGUGGGGGCGGGUCGAAGCAACGCACGUUUCAUGGCGCCGGGGCGCACAUCGACAUGUUCUUGCCCUGCUCGGGCUCGCUCGAGCGCUCGGGAAGUGAUCCGGAUUUGUCGCUCGAAAUCACGCGGGAUAAUGACGCAGAUACCGCGAGCGAAACGCCGACGGAGCCCAAGAAGAAUCAGCUUGAGAUUGUCGCGCUCCGGACGCUCGCGCAAAGACACGCACGUUCGGAUGUCAUAGGUCUCCACGCGUACGGCGACGUCGCCGUGAGACUCGAGCGCGCGGACGUGAACGAUCCGCACACCUGGUACGCGUUCAGACGAGAAUCUUCACCGCAACCGCUCAAUGAGUCGUAUCCGAGCACUGUUGAGGGGGCGUCGCCCGAAGACGAAGACGACUACCACGUGGAAACACAAGCGAGCCAAAAAAGACGCACGUCGAUCGGUUGGAAUGGAUCGCCGACGUGCGACACGACGCACGAGAAGCACACGAGACGAUGGGAGUUGUGA